AUGGUUGUUAAGAGAGGCGACAAAUUUCCUACUAACGUGAGCACGCUCUUCAUCUCGUCCCCAGAAGGCGAGCCUAAGCCCUUUGAUCUGAAGGCAGCCACAAAGAGCAAGAAGUUUGUGGUUGUCAGUGUUCCAGGUGCGUUCACUCCGCCUUGCACCAACCAGCACCUUCCAGAGUACAUUCAGAAAGUGCAGAACUUUGCUUCCAAAGGAGUCGAUUUCAUUCUUGUGGUGACGCAGAACGAUCCGUUCGUGCUUCGUGCCUGGAAAGAAAAAUUAGGAGCUACUUCCAAUAAGAUCCUGUUUGUGUCAGACCCAUAUCUGGACUUGUCCAAGAAGCUGGGGUCUCCUAUUGAUUUGGGAGGCUUGGGCCUGGGAACGAGAUCCAGCAGAUUGGCUCUGAUUGUCAACCGUAGCGGAAUUGUCGAGUUUGUGGCUGAUGAGAAGGGAGGAGACGUCAAUGUUUCGACCGCGUCCAAACUUCUGGCAAAGUUGUAA